GAUUUUGUUAACCAUUCUGUGGGAGUUUUUGGGCCAAUAAAGAGUAUUUAAUCAUAAUUCAUUUAAUGAAAUUUGCUACAAAUUGAUUGAAUAGUGAAUCAAAGUUGUGGUAAAAUGGCUCAAUCCGUCAAUUUCAGCUUCUCAUCAACUAAACAGCGUUCAAUCGCUAUUGGUGCUGUUGCAUUAGUAGCCACUCUAAUAACAAUUGGAGUUGUAGUUACAAUUACAAUUAAACAUGAAUCUUCAUCAACUAACAACCUAAAAAGCGAGUUUAAAAUCAAAUUCAUUGAGCCUCAAUGGAUACGAUUUGUUGAUAAAAAUACAUCUCUUGUGAAUGCCUUUGUAGCUGGUAAAAAUCCUUGGUACAGUUCAAUUUACGUUUGUCGAGUCAAUUCAACUAAAGCAUUGGAAAUAUUACCUGGAAUGUUUGAUCCUAGCAACUAUUACAGUUCAUGUGAAGUUACCUGGGGCGGCAAAUCUUAUACUGAUGAUAAUUUUGAAAUACUCGUAGCAAACGAUCCUUCAGUGUUUGUAUGGGAAUCCGAUACAUAUAAAGAUACACCCAUCGGUGCUUUAAGUGGAGGCAUUUCCGAGUGGAAAGAUGAUCUUCAAAUAUCAAGAGCUGAAAUUGGUGCAGGUCAAUACAUUGGUAAAGUUCAUGGACGACAUUCAAAGGCUUAUGUAGCAUACGAUCGCUUAGAAAAGACCGUCGCAAGUUAUCAAGUGUUGUGCCUACAAGAUUACAGUUUAGGUUAACAAAUUGUUACCAAAUGUUGAUAAAAUCGCAUCACUCCCAAAAACCCACAUUGUGAUGUGACUCUUAGCUUCUGGUCUAGGCUUUCGAUCAUUGGCACCUUGGUACUGUACAUUGGUACUAUUUCAAACUUAAAUUUCCUGCUUAGUCGAGUUUAUUAAAUUUAAAUAUCUGUGAUGAUCAAAGAUCAAAUUGUAAAAUGUAAAAUUAGAUAUAAAAAUUCACUGAAGUCAAGUUAAAUCAUUCAAUUAAUAAUGAU